GUACUUCAACUUUGGAAACGUGAAUCUGAUCGUGCCAUUUUGCAGUUUGCACUAUGUCGGAUUCCAGUGUUAAGUCUUCAGCUCAAAAAACAAAUAGUUCAGGAGGAAACGAAACAAAUUCAGCUUUUGCGGAUGCGGUACAGAGAGCUCGCCAGCUUGCCGCGAAAAUCCAGUCUACCGGAAGUGAAAGUAAUAGUGUAUCUAGUGGGGUUAAAAGGCCUUUAGAAGACAGUAUGAAUGGUGUAGCAGAAGGCACACCCGAAAAUAAGAAAAUGGCUUCAGGUGAUCAAUAUGGUCAAAUUCAAGGAAUGCAGCAGAGGAAUGGAGCUGGUGGAAAUUUUGUAGUAGAAGAGUAUUCUGUACCAGAUAAAAUGGUUGGUUUAAUAAUUGGACGUGGUGGGGAACAGAUCAUAAGGCUGCAAACAGAAACAGGAUGUAAGAUUCAAUUGGCUUCUGAUAGUAAUGGAGCUCCUAAUAGGCCUUGUACACUAACUGGAAGUCGGGAAUCAGUAGAGGCUGUAAAAUCUAUGAUUGAACAAAUCAUAAGUAAAGCAAAUAGUCCAUUUCCACCUGAACCUGGACAUGUACCAGAUGGCCAAUUUGUUACAGAAAUGAUGAUUCCUGGUCCUAAAGUGGGUUUAUUAAUAGGAAAAGGAGGAGAAAAUAUAAGGAAUUUACAGGAGAAAGGUGGAGUGAAAAUGGUACUCAUUCAAGAUGGACCUCAACAAACAAUUCAUGAUAAACCUUUAAGGAUAUCAGGUGAUCCACAAAAAGUCGAAUUUGCUAAGCAGAUGGUAAUAGAUCUACUUGCUCAAAAAGAUAUGGAGCGAAGUUAUGCAAAUGGUGGCACCUCUACAGAUGAAAUUAUGGUUCCUCGGCAAGCAGUUGGAGUUGUUAUAGGCAAAGGUGGUGACAUGAUAAAACGGAUACAGCAGGACUCUGGAGCACGUGUACAAUUUAUUCAAGGGAAAGAAGACUUACCUGGUGAUAAACUUUGCCAGAUAACAGGAACUAUGGAUCAAGUACAAAAGGCCUCCGCAAUGAUUAGAGAUCUCAUUCAAAGUGUUUUGGUUCGUGAUCAACAGAUGGGAGGUGGCGGUAACAACAUGGGGAUGCCAGGUGGUCGUGGCCGUGGCAGAGGACGAGGAAACAUGCCUGGUCCUGGUGGCAUGCGACCAGAUUUUGGCCCAGGUGGACCCAGGAUGGGACGUCCAGGUGGUGGUGAUGGCGGCGGAACCGAGAUCCAGUUUUCUGUACCUGCUAACAAAUGUGGCCUGGUGAUUGGAAAAGGUGGAGAAACUGUGCGGAAUAUCAACCAGCAAUCAGGGGCACAUGUAGAGAUAGCAAGAGGAGCACCACCAAAUCCCCAUGAGAAAAUAUUUACUAUUAGAGGCAAUCCACAACAGAUAGAGCAUGCAAAACAACUCAUCAUGGAAAGAGUUGGUGGAAUGCCUAUGGGACAAGGAGGUCCACCAGGAGGACCUAAUCCAGGGCAAGGAGGACCUCAAGGUCAAUAUCCAGGGCCUCAAUAUCAACAACAGUAUCAGCAACCUGGUCCUGGUCAGCCUUAUGCUACUCCUGGAUGGCCUGGAGGAGCUUAUCAACCAUGGCCUAAUCAGCCUGCUACAGCAGGUGUAGCUGUUGCUUCUAAUGAUCCAACCAAAGCAGCUGCUGAUGCUAAUGCUGCUGCAUGGGCUGCCUAUUAUGCUUAUUAUAAUCAACCUGGUCAGCCUCAACCUCAGCCUGGUCAGAUACCCCAACCUCAACCGGCUGCUCAGCCUCAAGCUGCACAACAACCAACUGCUGCUGCAGGUCAAGCAGAUUACAGUGCUGCAUGGGUGGAGUAUUAUCGUUCUCUAGGAAUGUUUAGGGAAGCAGAAAUGAUUGAACAGCAGGCACGUGGUGGUGCAGCACCUGGUGCAACACCGUCUGCUCAAACAACACCAGCUACUGGUGCACCUAUGGCCCAAGCAGCUGUACAGCCUACUGGCCAACCAGCCGCACCAGCUGGCACCUCUGCAGCACAGCCUGCAACCGUUGCGGCGGCAGGCUAUCCUGGAGCCUACCCAGCACCUGGACAGCAACCUCAGCCAGCUCAAGUACCUUAUGGGCAACCUGCUCCUUAUCCAGGAUAUAGUUAUGCUGCUGCAUAUGGAGCACAGCAACCUUACCAGGCUGCUGCUCCACAAUAAAGAAAAAUUCAUGUUAGGUUGUUUUUAAAAAAUGAGUUCUGUUGUUUGAGCAUCAUUUGCGGAUUAGUGAAGUCAUCUCUGAAAAUCAUCUGAAUUCCAUUGUAGAGUGUACAAGAUGUACAGUUCCAAGACCUGUAAUUUACUUUGUGAAUAAUCUGCAUUAUUUUCAUUGUCCUAAUUUUCAUUAGUAUUUUUUAUAUGGCUAUUUAUAUCUUCCUCCACCCUUCCCGACGCAUUCAUGACAGUCAAUCAUGGGUCUUGUGCAAGAAAAUUUAAAAUCAUGGAAAAAAAAAAACUAUUAAUUUGUACCAUUUUUCUAUGUGGGAUCAAAAGUAAAACAACUUUACUAUACCGAAAUUUCAUCAUUUAUUGUUCAAGUUAAAAGCUAUUCUUAGCCAGAUGUAAGAUAAUUUUAUUGUGAUUUUUAGAAAAUGCUAAUCAUCAUUAAGAAUAAACUUCAUUUAUAAA